GUAAGAGUUGUUUUUAUUGAAUUUAUGACCAUAAUUUAUUUAAUUUGAAGAUUACAAAUUAUKGAAAUCCAUUCUUUGUAAUAAAAAACGUUAUUAGUAUUAAGAUAUUGCAUUCAACAGAAAAUGUGAAUUAAUCUUGUAAAGUGAAAAAAUCAAUCAGCAAAGAAGGAAUUUUUGUCGACAUCAUCAAAUGUGUGAAUGCCACCAAAAAAUAGAGGAGUGCAAUUUUGAAACCAUAUCGAAAUAAAGCAUACGUUGCCAGGAUAUUAAUCUAAUAAUAGAUGAAAUAAUCUGAUAAACAGUAACAAUUUAAUUUGUGUGUUAACACGUUAAAAUGGCUUUAAAAAAAGUUAAGGGAAAUUUCGAACGUAUGUUUGACAAAAAUCUCACGGAUCUUGUGCGGGGCAUAAGGAAUAAUAAGGAUAACGAGGCGAAAUACAUAGCACAAUGUAUUGAGGAAAUCAAACAAGAACUACGGCAGGAUAACAUUAACGUUAAGUGCAAUGCUGUUGCGAAAUUAACAUACAUACAAAUGCUCGGUUAUGACAUCUCAUGGGCCGGUUUUAACAUAAUUGAAGUAAUGAGCUCGUCACGAUUUACAUGCAAACGUAUUGGCUACUUGGCAGCAAGCCAAUGCUUUCACCCUGAUAGUGAAUUACUAAUGUUAACAACAAAUAUGAUACGUAAGGAUUUGAAUUCUCAAAAUCAAUACGAUGCUGGUGUGGCUUUAAGCGGUCUCAGUUGUUUUAUUUCGCCCGAUUUAUCUCGGGACCUUGCAAACGAUAUUAUGACUCUGAUGAGUUCAACAAAACCGUAUUUGCGUAUGAAAGCUGUUCUUAUGAUGUAUAAAGUAUUUUUACGUUAUCCAGAAGCAUUACGACCUGCAUUUCCCAAACUUAAGGAAAAAUUAGAGGACCCUGAUCCAGGUGUACAAUCAGCUGCUGUUAAUGUGAUCUGCGAGUUGGCCCGUAAAAAUCCCAAGAACUAUCUGCCUUUAGCACCAGUUUUUUUUAAACUUAUGACGACUUCCACCAACAACUGGAUGUUAAUUAAAAUAAUUAAAUUGUUUGGCGCUUUAACUCCUUUAGAACCCCGGCUAGGAAAGAAAUUAAUAGAACCUCUCACAAAUCUUAUUCAUAGUACGUCCGCCAUGAGCUUGCUUUACGAGUGCAUAAACACAGUGAUUGCAGUGCUCAUCAGUAUUAGCAGUGGAAUGCCAAAUCAUAGUGCCUCAAUACAGCUUUGCGUGCAGAAACUGCGCAUUCUCAUAGAGGAUUCCGAUCAGAAUUUGAAAUACCUGGGAUUGUUGGCUAUGUCUAAAAUUUUGAAAACCCACCCGAAAAGCGUCCAAGAGCAUAAGGAUUUAAUUUUGGCAUGCCUAGAUGAUAAGGACGAAUCGAUACGACUUCGUGCUCUCGAUUUACUUUACGGAAUGGUGUCAAAAAAGAAUCUAAUGGAAAUUGUCAAACGUUUACUAGGUCACAUGGAGCGUGCCGAGGGAUCGCUGUAUCGCGAUGAAUUGCUGUUCAAAGUAAUUGAGAUUUGCUCACAGAGUUCUUAUUUGUACGUUACGAAUUUCGAAUGGUACUUAACUGUGCUAGUUGAAUUGAUUCAACUGGAAGCUGGUUCUAAACACGGGCGUUUAAUUGCCGAGCAACUCCUAGACGUUGCUAUAAGGGUACCAGUUGUACGUCAAUUUGCAGUGAAUGAAAUGACCAACUUGUUGGACACAUUCUCCAUAUCAUCGCAGAGCAAUUCAAUGUAUGAAGUGCUAUACGCCGCAGCUUGGAUCGUAGGAGAGUUCUCAAAUGAUUUGGAAGAUGCCGAAAAGACUCUAAAUAUUUUAUUACGCCCACGCCAAGUACCCGGCCAUAUACAAGGUGUGUUUGUACAAAAUGUUACUAAAUUAUUUACAAAAUUAGCAACUACUUGUCUGGAAAAUAAGGAUGUUAGCGGCUUGAUUCGAGUGAGUAUCAGGAUGUAUUUAGGUUUUAUAAAGACAUUAUUACAGAUAAAACUUAAUUUAUUUCAGCUUUGUGAUCAUGCCCUGGAGAAGCUUCAAAUCUUUAGUAGUUCGAAUGAUAUUGAAGUGCAGGAGCGUGCAAAUGCCUCGUGUAUUCUAAUGGAAAUGCUCCGUUCCCAAUUCAGUAAGGACAGCAGACAUCACAAAAGGACCACAAUAGUCGCAUUMUCUGCCGACGGCGUUGAAAAUUUGUCUGAGCUUGACGCAUCCACAAUACCUGAUAUUAUACCGACUCUGGCAAUUGAAAUUGUUCAAGAGAUGGCUUUAUUAUUUGAUGGCGAACUUAUACCAGUGGCUCCAAAAGCACAACGCAAAGUUCCACUUCCUGACGGUCUCGAUCUAGAUGAGUGGAUAAAUGGGCCGCCUGAAGAUGAAAGUAGCAAUUCGUCCCAAGAGGAUAAAGAUGAGCUGUUUGUGUCAGCUGCUCAUAAUGACAGUGCGGCAUUGGGCAAGCGACGCAAGAGUGAAGAGCUGACUCCCGAGCAAAUCGAACGAAAUCGCAUGGCUCGUCUAAUAGAGCAAUCUCACAACCCGCACUAUAUUAAAUCUUCGCCUUCAGCAACAGAUAUGAAUAAACAGAAAGGCCUAAGUGCAAAUAACUCCAGUUAUAAUGUUGAUCAAUAUGACAAUAUUGAUGAAAUACCGAUUUCGGAGCUGUCCUUAGAUGUACCACUUCAAAUAGGUGUUAUAAAACGUUCUGAUCGCUAUCUAAUACAGGAGAAAACAAUGAACAAGGAGAAGAAAAAACAUAAAAAGUCAAAGAAAAGCAAAAGAUCAAAAAACAAAAUGGCAUACAGCAGCUCCGAAUCGGAGGAUGACUCCAAACCACUUCAUUUAGUAAACACGAUCAUGGAUAUGCCUGAAGGAGUAGCUCUAUCGGACAGUGAAGAUAAAGAUUGCAAGUUUGAUCCGAAUGAUCCCCACCGAGCUCUGAAUAUUGAAUUGGACAUCCCUGACCUGGAGGAGCCCAAAGGACGAUUCCACGAAGUGAAGCCCGCGCCUCAAAAUCAAAACAAUAAUUCUCAAACAUUAAUAAAUGAAAUUGAUUCAAAAGAUAAAACCAAGAAACGAGCCAAGAAGAAGUCCAAAAGCAAAGAGAACGAUGUAGAAGAGCUCGAACACCGCAAUAAAGACGAAGAUAGUGUCCCCAAAUCGCAUGUAAAACCCAAAUCAAAGAAGAAAUCGAGAAGUAAUGCAAAUACAAGCAAUACUGAUUUGUUAGAUAUUUCUCCAGAGAGGAUAAAGAGCUUUGCAAAAACGGCAUUGGACGACAGCAACAGCACUGCGGAAAAACGCAAGAAGGAGAAAUCACAUAAAUCAAAAGAUACGAGAAAGGGAAYCGUCAGCGUAAAGAAAGAGAAAAAGCCUAAACAUCAUCGUAGCCACAGUAAAGAGAAAAAACACAGUAUUCUCGAAUCGUCGAUAGGGGGUUACGAAGAAGCCAUAGGCAUUUCAACUCCAAGUAAGGAAAUCAUUUAACUUGCGACUCUACACACACAUAUAAUAUUGUAUAACCGUCCCUUGCUAUAUCUUCGAUCAAGUUGCAAUAGAAAAUGGUUACACUAAAGUAUAGGAUAACAUUAAGCAAAGUCAAUAUUUUGCGUAGGGUUGAAGCUGAUACAUAUACAUGUAAAAAAUAUCUUAAGAAAACUUGCAAUGGAGAAUGUAAAUGUAAUAUCACUUUUUAUAUACCAAAUUACGAAGGUGGAUUGCAACAUUCCCAAACUUUCAGACAAGUGAAUAAAAUGUGUUCAAGCGUUCAAACCAUGACUUAGAAAAAAGUUAUGAGAAAAUCCUUUAAACUUAUACUUACUCAUGUCUAUUAAAGAUUGUUGAAAUUGUUUCGAAACAAAAGAGGUCCUUUCCUCACGCAUACUUAUAUAAAAGCACAUCUACUUUCAUAUACAAACAGCUUUUCUAGCUUUAAAGACUUUAAAAAUACAUAACGGUCAAAAUAUUUUAUAUCAACUUAUAAAAAUUAUAAGCUUAUGAAUGCUGUAGAGUAGCGAGUUAUGAAUUCUAUAAAGCAUAUUCCUUUAACAAUGCAUCUACAAUCGUAUAUCCUAAUAGACUAACGGAAUAAAUGUACAACAGUACUCGUUCCCUAGUUAAGAUAUGAACUGUAAUAAAAUAUGAUUAUAUUGUAUAAUACAUAGUAAGUUUGUAAAGUGAGAACAUAAUGAACAAAUAAACGUAUAUAAUAAUCAACAUUA